AUCCUUUUGUUCACUCCUUCAUCUCUUUCUUUGCAUUCACACGACAAAACUGUCUGUCUGCUUCUUCUUUUGUUUGUUAUUCGACCAAGAAUCUUGAAUUCACAUCCAUUAAACCCUUUCCAUACCCAGAAAAAUGAUAAGCAAAGAUCCAAGAUCGAGCUUACCACCCGGAUUUCGGUUUCACCCGACAGACGAAGAGCUCAUUCUCCAUUACCUGAGGAAGAAGAUCUCUUCUUCUCAUCAAGUCCCGGUAUCCAUCAUCGCCGAUGUCGAUAUCUACAAAUUCGAUCCUUGGGAUUUGCCCGCUAAGGCUCCGUACGGGGAGAAAGAAUGGUACUUUUUCAGUCCAAGGGACAGGAAGUAUCCGAACGGAGCUCGCCCGAACAGGGCGGCCGCCUCUGGUUACUGGAAAGCCACCGGAACUGAUAAAGUGAUUGCGGCGGCGGCUAACGGCGGAGAGAUUCAUCGUCCCGUGGAGAAGAUUGGAGUGAAGAAAGCUCUUGUCUUUUACAAAGGAAAACCUCCAAAGGGUAUCAAAACGAAUUGGAUCAUGCAUGAAUAUCGCCUCGUAGAUUCUCUCUCUCCCUCGAGGCUCAGUGGUUGUGAUCGUGGUUUGAGAUCUAAAGAAUCUUCCAUGAGGCUGGAUGAUUGGGUGCUCUGUAGGAUCUACAAGAAAACUCAAGCUUCUCCGGCUUUCAUGGCGGCAACAAGCGAUCAGGAACAAGAACAAGAAGAGGAUGAAGAAGUGUCCAUAACCGGACAGACCCUUUUGCCGAGAUUACCUCAACUGACCUUUCCAUCCAUAAUGUCAAACGACAAUACCCUUAAGCCCCCGAAGAGUUCUUGUUCUUUCUCUAACCCGUCGGACCCCGGAGAUUUGAUGUUCCUCUCCGGUUUUCUCGCGGAUAAUCCAGAAAACCAGACCGAGUUCGAGUUCCCUUUGAUGUUUGGUUCCUCGGAUUUGGAUUACGGAAACGGUUACUUGGAUCAGAAGUUACCUCGAUUGACCUCUCCGCCGCUGGAGAAGUUGGGGACUGACAACAAGCGGCAAAGGACGGAUUUCGUCGACGAAAAGAUGAACCCUUUGAAGAAAACGAUGAACAUUUGCGGUUACAAUAAUAAUACUAUGGAUCAAUUUGAUCAUAGUUUUAUGAACCAGCAACUGUUGUUGAGUCCUCACCUUCAAUUCCAAGGAUGAUUUCAAAGGACCUCUGUUUCAAAACUCUCAUCUCUCUCGUAAGGUUAAAAACCGAAUCGAAAGGGGAAAGAAGGGGAAAAAAAGAAUUGGGGGGACAAAUAAGGUAAUAUAAAAAAGUAGGGGUCGUUAUGGAAAACAAUGGAAAUAUUGCGGUGGAAAACAUGACAAAAGAAUAGUUUACUACUGUUCUUGCAUAUUAGAUAUCUAUUUUUGCAGUUAGAUAUGUACCUACAUGGAAAAUCAUAUUUCAUUUGCAUAGUCUAUGUAUCGUAAGAUUUUUAAAUCUAGCUUAGAUUUAGUUCACGAUAA